AUGGCACACAAGAGCAUUGAGAUGGGUCUUGUCCUGGCGGUCCUAGUGACCAUGCUCUUUGCAGAAGCUGCGGCCCAGUCAUCGAGUUGCACAAAUGUGAUAAUCAGCAUGUCACCCUGCCUCAACUACAUUACCGGGAACUCCUCCACGCCGUCUUCGGGAUGUUGCACACAGCUCGCCACCGUGGUUCGCUCAGAACCGCAGUGCUUGUGUCAGGUACUCACCGGCAGCAGCUCAUCCUUGGGGAUUAAUAUCAACCAGACCCAGGCUCUUGCCCUUCCUGGUGCUUGCAAUGUUCAGACUCCGCCCAUCAGCCGCUGCAAUGCUGCUGCUUCUCCAGCCGACUCUCCUGCAGGAACACCGGAAUCUACCGGUUCAGGGCCUUCAGGAACUGGAUCAAAAACAGUACCAACAACAAUCGACUCCUCCGAUGGAACUUCGAUCAGCUUGAUAAUUCCUCUCCAGUUCUUCCUUCUGUUCAUUGCAACUUUUGCACCAACCUUCACUAGAUGCUGAGUUCUUACAAUUACCUAGUUAUUUUUAUCGUAUUACUUCUUUUAUUUGAUGACCUUUCAUGGGGUUGAUAUGAUUUUGUAUAACUGAAGAGAGAUCUUGCUCUCUUUCCCUUUCAAUAAAAGAUGAUUCCAGUUUUGUGUUCA